CAUUUCUGACCAAUCACGAGCGGCGUUACUGCUGCACCCGGCUCGUACCCCCCAACAUGGGGCCUAGCGAGGCGUUUUCCCGCCAACGCCACCGACGCAACGAUCCUCUCUUGCUACUCGCAACGUUUCCCCGUUUCAUUGUAUUAGCUAUAACCCUGUGAGCCACGCGGCUCUUGACAAAACAAAAACAUAAUUAAGAGUGCCGUCAAUUGCGGCGAUUAAUGAAACAUGAGCGUCCUGACGUGGAACAUCAAUGGUAUCAGGGCUUCGCGCGUGGGCCUCAAGGCCCUGCUCGACUCUCUCGACGCCGACGUUGUCUGCUUACAGGAGACUAAAGUCACGAGGGACCUCCUGGAUGAACCCACGGCCGUAGUGGAUGGGUACAAUGCCUACUUCAGCUUCUCGAGGGUCCGCAGCGGCUACUCUGGCGUGGCCACGUACUGCAGGGAUGUGGCGACCCCCCUGGCCGCCGAGGAGGGGCUGUCGGGCCUCCUGCGAGGGGCGAGCGGUCGCCGGGACGACGGCAGCGACGGCAGCGUCGGCUGCUACGGCGACACCAGCGAGUUCACCGCCGACGAGCUGCAGGCUCUGGACGCCGAGGGCAGGGCCGUGGUGACGCAGCACCGCGUGCGGCUGGCGGCGAGCGGGGAAGAGCGGAGCCUCGCCAUCGUCAACGUCUACUGUCCCCGCGCCGACCCCGAUAGGCCGCACCGCGGGGACUUCAAGCUGCGCUUCUACCGCCUCCUGCAGGCGCGCUGCGUCGCCCUGCGCAACAGCGGCAGCCACGUGAUUGUGCUCGGAGACCUGAACACGGCACACAGACCGAUAGACCACUGCGACCCAGAGGAUCCCGAGCUGUUUCAAGAACACCCUGGCAGAAAGUGGCUGGACCAGUUCCUCUGCGAAUCCAGUUCCUCUGCGAGACCUCCUCCUUGGCCCACCGACAACGACCACAGCCACGACGGCGCCGGAGGAGGCGGCGGAGGAGGCGGAGACCCUCCCGCGUCGCGGCCCGGUGCCGCUGGCCCCCGCUUCGUCGACGCCUUCCGCCUCUUCCACCCGACGCGCGCCGACGCGUUCACCUGCUGGUGCAACGUCACCGGCGCUCGCGUCACCAACUACGGCACGCGCAUCGACUACGUCCUCGCCGACGGUGCCCUGGCCGCCUCCCGCGUCCUCUCGGCGUGCGACAUCGUGCCGGGCGUGCUCGGCUCGGACCACUGCCCCGUGCGCGCCGCGCUGGCGCUCGACUUCGUGCCGUCGCCGCGCCGCCCGCCGCUGUGCGCGCACCUCAUGCCCGAGUUCGCCGGGCGCCAGCGCAAGCUCUCGGCGUUCCUGGUGAAGGGGCCGGUUGACCGCGGCGGCGGCGGCGGCGGCGGCGAACCCGAGGCCUGCUCGCGGGAUUCGGCGCUCGGCCCGGCGGGGCGGCGCGUUGACCGUGCCGCGAACGUUGCCGGCAAAGCGAGCCCUUCGGCCGCCGCAGCGAAGGGGAAGCGUGCGGCACGCGAGUCGCACGGCGCGAAGGCCAAGCGGGCGAAGGGGGCCGACGAGGCGACCGCCGUGCCGGCCAGGGGGACCCUGCUGAGCUUCCUCAAGCGCCCGACGGGCAGCGCGCGGCUCGACCCGGCGAUCCCGGCCGGCGGCCCGGCCGGCGGCCCGGUCUCCUGUCGCGACAAAGAUUCCGGCGCGUCCCCCGAGGGAGCCGCGAUGGCCGCGGGGGGCGCGGAGGACGCAGGGGGCGCGGGAGAUACGGGGGGCAUGGAGCUGGGCGGUGGCGGCCCCGCCGCCGACCCCGCGGCCGACCCCGCCACCGACGACCCCCAGCCGCGGCAGAGAAAUCUCGGCACGGAUUUUUGGAAGUCGGUGCUAAAGGGGCUGCCCCCGGCGCCGCCGUGCAGGGGCCACGGCGAGCCGUGCCUGCUGAGGACGGUGAAAAAACCCGGGCAGAAUUUCGGCCGCCGGUUCUACGUGUGCCCUCGGCCCGAGGGCCACGCGUCGAACAAGGAGGCUCGCUGCAACUCGUUCACUUGGGUCGCCAAGAGGUGAGCCGCAAGGAGGCCUCGCAACGGCCGCUUGGGUGGUGAGCCAGCGCCGCUGGGCUGCCGCGUAGCGAUGGGUUUUGUAAACUCUUUGGUUCUCGCAGUCACGAAAGCUUCAAAAUCUAGAGCUGUUUUUUUGUUUUUUAAACGAUGAAAACUCUCAACGUUCGUCAAACAGCAACUCUGUGGUGUGCACGGCCUCUAUUAGUGUGAGGGGACGUGUUAAUUACCUCGGCCGGAGGUCGUGGGUUCGAUCCCGACCCUGAUGACACGUGCUGUAUAUUUGGAAUUUGCGUGCAUCUCCAGUUUUUCCCCUCCACAUUUCGAACCAACGUGUAUUCGGCUGCGACAAAUGUGCACGUGAUGAGCCACUUCGUUGAGCGAUCAACA